GCACUGAUUCUCUGUGUGCUUAUGGCAGGUGUUUAUCAGCGUGGAGAACACUGGUUCACCGCAGUGCGUUGCUUCUGCAUUACUGUUAUCACAGAAAGGCUCUGACACUCAAGACAUGCUUACAGCAGUGGAGCAGAUCUCUACAGCUACACUGUCUUCAAAAGGAGUUCCUCAUCCACCAGUUUCAUACAAGACAGAAAAACACAGGUUGUACGAUGAAAGUGUUCAAAUGGAAAACACGAUUUUCAGCGCUAGAACUAUCAUCCAUGCUACUUCUCCACAACACUCUUCAUAAGUGGACAGAGAUAUUAGUGAAACAACAGUUGGCACAAUCUCACAGAUCAGCUCAAGAUAGAGCUGUUCAGCGGGCUGUUCUUGUGGAGUGGUACAGACACACUCAGGCUGUUUUCUCUGAUGCAGUUCUGCUCUUCACAGCCAAACUGGCUCAUCUUCAUCCAUCCUCAUCUUCCUCACCCUGUUCUGUAUCCACUGCAUUACCUCAGGGUUCUCUGGUAGAAUGUAAAAACUGCACAGCAGAAGAUGAUAGUUUGGAGCGAAGUGUGUUGACACCUAGAGAGCAACACUGCCCUCUACAGGCCACAGAAUCACAGCACAGCCACAUGUCAUGGACCGCAUCAGAGGAGCACAGAUCAUUUAUCAGUAAAAUCUCUGAGGAAUAUAAAGACCCAGGAGAUGAGAGAAUGGCUCAUAGUUGUUUCUGGAGCUCCUAUGAUCACUGCAGACUUUGCAGAUCAAAGGUUGUGCUACUAAGAGCCCUCGGCAGGAUGAUGCAUCCUGAUCUGAGUCUGCCUUUUUCCCAGUGGAGGAGUCUAGUGCACACUAACAGAGAGAUGAGGCUACGGGGGGAUCUCUGUAGAAAAAGCAGGAGAUGUAAAGACCUGACUGUGGCAUUCAGGGUGUGGAGAGCUCAUACACAAAUACACUGCAGGGCUGUCCGGCACUGGGAGAGGAGGGUGAUUUUUCACACUGUCAUUCAAUGGAAAUUAAUGGUUUCGCAGAGAUGCAGGAAACGCAUGUUGGAACAACACGCAACGCUUACCCAUGACACCAAUCUACUCAGACACUGCUUCUGUACAUGGACCAGAAUGGUCGUGGGGCCGCACUGCGAGCAGCAGAAGUGUGCUGUUGAACAGAUGGAGAGACACAGACUGAACUUGAGCUUCUCCACGUGGGUAACAUGUGUAAGCCAGCAGCAGACUGCCAGAGCCGUUUAUAUCCGCACAUUACAGAACAGAGUGUUUGGGGCAUGGCUGAGGUGUGUGCAGGUCUGUAAGCAGAGGCAGGCGUCAGCUCUGUUCUUUUCACACUACAGACUCUUGCGUGUCUGUUUCUGUCAGUGGAGAAUCAUCUGUGCUCAGCAGCAGCUCUCCAACAGCAUACGACAACACAGACUCCACCUUAGAGUCAAAGUCAUCUUACAGCAGUGGAGAAAACAUGAAAACUAUCGGGCCCAUCGACAGGCUCUUCUGUGUGAGUAUGAUGAGAGGAGGAAGAUUGUCAUGAAGAGAAGAACAUUUCUCAUGUGGAGCCAGGCAGAAAAAUAUUUCAGAAGAUCUCAGCAUUAUCACCAAAGAGUCUUAAAACACAGAUAUUUCUCUCAGUGGCUUCAUGAGUUCAGCAUGCUGUGCAUAAGCAGAGAACUGGAGGAGGUCAGGACGCAGAGAAUACAGCAGAGAGCUUUCUGUCUCUGGCAGCUCAAAGAGGGGAAGCUCAAAGAGGCUCAACUGGUGAUGCAUCGGUGGAGACAGCACAUCUCACGAGCCAGAAAGCAGAGAAACAUCAUGCAGACCAUGAAGAACAUGUUCCUGUGUUGGAAAGCAGCUUUCAGACAGAGUGUCAGGAGCAGAGAACACUGUACACAGAGACAGCAGAGGAGGGUUCUGCUGGCAUGGUCCAGACACACAGUAUCAGAGCAAAGACUGAGGUACAGAGAGGCCUGGUUCCAGUACAGCAGUGAGAUGAGACUGUUGGCUGCUGUAUUCAUGCAGUGGAGAAGAGCUCUGAUCCAGGGUCAGCAGAAGAAGUGUACAAUGGAGAGCCAGCUCAUCAUCUAUCAGAGAAGAGCUUUUCAUCGCUGGAGAACUGCUGCCACAGAAUGUAGAGCGAUUCAAACAUUGAACAACAGAUUACUUCACAAGUGGUUCAAGCAUUGGACACAUAGCAGGGAUUUGUUGAAAGUUGCAGACAUGUUUUGUGUGAAGAAGGAAAGAAGUGAAGCCCGGUUAGCUCUAAGGACAUGGUCACUGUGGGCCAAAGAUCAUAAAGCUCGGAGGCAGAUGGGGGAGGCUGUGAGUCUCUGGCUAGAGGGAAGAGGAGUAUCUAGAAGUUUCCAUCAUUGGGUCAGAGUGUACCAACAAUAUCAGAAAGCUUCUCAACACAGACAGACACAGCUUUCACACAGAGCUGUGGAGAGAAGAGUUCAUGGACUGACCCAUCUGUACUGGACCUGUUGGAAAAACCAAACUGAAGCAUCAUUGCUGUAUACACAACAAAAUGAGCACUCUGUGCUGCAAAAAGCCUGGCUUACCUGGAGAAAGAGACGCAUCAGGAACAGAGUGUCAGCUGAUCACUCAGCCACCUUUAACAGCAUGCUAUUAGCCCAGGUUUUGCAAGUGUGGUGGCAGCGAGCCCAUGGAUCAGCCUUUGAGCCCUAACCAGUUCUGUUUGUUUACAAGCAGAGUAUUAAAAGAUGGAAACCAGCCAAUGCGGAUCAUAGCAGACUGCAGUAACUCCAGACAUCACAACAACACCUCCAAAAUAAUUCAGUAACACUUUAACAACACAUUUACAUUUCUAUCAUUUCAUUCUGUGAUGUAAAAUUCUCCUAAAUAUUUAUUAACCACCCCCAUCCACAUUUGAAUAAAAAAAGAUGUUAUUGUAUUGAUCAACCCUAGUGAAACCUAUAGCAAAAUGUAUUUAAAAUACAUUUAUUUCAUACUAAGUAUACUACAAAUCCAUUAACAUAUUUACUGACAUAGCGCUUGAGACUUACUGAUAUAAAUAUUAUAAUUAAACUUUAUUUGGAGUAGUUUAUUGCACAAUGCACAUUUCUUAAUAUUAAGCCUACAAUGUGUUUUAAUAUCACUAUUAGUAAGGAUAGUAUGAUCUCUGUAUAAUGUCAGUUUUUAAAUGCAAGAUAUUUGAAGUGUACCUAAAGUAUACUAGCAAUAUACUUGAAGUUCCCCUGUGGUGAAAAUUGAGAUUUUGUCGUUGUUUAUAUGUCUAUGUGGUGUUUUUAAUAUGAUUUAAAACAAACCAUGUGCAAAUUCAUGUCAACACCAUUGCUGAGUAUUUUCUCUUUAAAACUGCAGUGAACCAAAGAAAGUCUCAAAAACCUGGUUUGAGAUCGCUGGUGUUUCUGACGUCACAAACUACCUUGUUGUAACCAAUCACGAGUCGACAACGUGAUCAUGAUCAAGUGGAUCUCUGAGCCGGUCUGAGUUAGUGGAGGCAGGGCUCAUUUGCAUAUUCAUAGAACUGUGUAAACUAAAUGAUGCUAGGGUGUAGUUACAUUCAAGCUAUUUUAAGGCAUGAAUCAUUUUUUUAAGGAAAAAAACUUUUAAAUAUGUCUUUUUGGUGGUCAAAGAUGAGUUUUAAGGGUC